UGGGGGUGGGGUGCUUCACACACGAGGACAUGGACUGUCAGAGUCAGCACAGAAAGCAUUGCCACGUAAUUACAGACUCCUUUUUAGGGCGAUCAGUUUACCCCAAGGGUCUUCAAAUGGUGCUUUAUUUCCCCCUCUCAGCCGCCCUCACUUCGGCCUGUUCACUUCCCGAUACCAGAGGCUCGCUCCGCCUCGCAGGGUCCUGGGCGUUAAGCGAUAGAUUUUACUCAAAACGCGCAAAUGUGAGACCUCAUCGUUCAUUUUUACCCCAGCUCAGUCAUACCGCGGUCAGGACUCACAGGAGAGGAGAAACGUUUUACCCCAGCUCAGUCAUACCGCGGUCUGGACUCACAGGCGAGGAGAGGAGAAACGUUUUAUCCCAGCUCAGUUAUACCGCGGUCUGGACUCACAGGCGAGGAGAGGAGAAACUUGCUAUAGCCUACUACUCUUUGAGUUUAAAACUCCGGGGAAUAUUCAGGAAGAAGCCAAAUGUUGUUGUGUUGUAUGUUUCAGGGUUUUAUUUGACGAGGUGAGGGGCCUCUUAUCGGGUGGGAUCGAACGGAGUGAUUUGGAUCUGUAAAACCAACGGAUUUCCAACCAAAUUCAUACAAAACGAGCCCUGUCUCGAGUUGAAACCAGCGCUGUUAUGGGUUUGGAGUUAUUCUUGAUAUUUUUCUGUGCGUCGAGUAUAAGUUAGCUAGGUAGGUUUAUUAUACCGCUAGUAGGUGUUUUGCCCUCUGUAUUGAGUCAGUGUCAUGACUUCUGGCUACGCGCAUGUAAUGGACAGACAAGACUCACUGACUAGCCGUCUGGAGAGCCCGAUAUCAGCCAAACUGGAAACACUUCAGGUCAAGAAGAACUUCUCUGUCAGUCACCUGUUGGAUCUGGAGGAGGCACGGGAGAUGGUUGGGGCUCAGGCCAAUGAGAGCGCCGGGGAGGCCGGAAGGUGUAUGGUGGAGUCCCCGGGGCUGACCAGCGGCAGUGAUACGACGCAGCAGGAGAAUGAGCAUGUGAGUUCCAAGGAGAAGAAGAGGAAGCAACGUCGUAACAGAACAACCUUCAACAGCGGUCAGCUGCAGGCACUAGAGAGAGUGUUUGAGAGGACACACUACCCUGACGCCUUCGUACGGGAGGACCUGGCACGCAGGGUUAACCUCAUUGAGACACGGGUACAGGUGUGGUUUCAGAACAGGAGGGCUAAGUUCCGUCGUAACGAGCGUGCUAUGCUGGCCAGUAAAAAUUCCUCCAUGAUAAAGUCCUACUCUCGUGACCUCACGGCAGUGGAGCAGCCAAUCAUACCUCGCCCCGCCCCUCGACCCAACGACUACCUGUCCUGGUGCUCCUCUUCACCCUACAGUGCCAUGGCAGCGUACCCCCCCACCUGUUCCCCCACCACCUCAGCCCAGGGGAUGAACAUGGCUAACAGCAUCGCUAACCUCCGGCUCAAAGCCAAGGAGUACAGCCUCAACCAUGUCCCUACUGUCAACUGAUGAAGAGGAGAGGAGGAAGACAAAUGCUUAUCCUAAAGUCUAGAGAGUUCUACAGAGAAAUCACGUUUACCAAAGGACGACACAACGACCAGAUCAAACUGCAGAAAUCACGUUUACCAAAGGACGACACAACGACCAGUUCAAACUGCAGAAAUCACAUUUACCAAAGGACGACACAAGGACCAGUUCAAACUGCAGAAAUCACGUUUACCAAAGGACGACACAACGACCAGUUCAAACUGCAGAAAUCACGUUUACCAAAGGACGACACAACGACCAGUUCAAACUGCAGUCUUUGUUUUUGACGGCCCGUCAUAAUUUCAAUGAAUGUAUUUUGUGUGUUGUUAGGUGCGUGAUCAUCUACAGAAAACUGGUCCUAAACGCGAGAGACAUUUGAGAGCAUAUCCUGUCUAGCUAAGGGGCCACGAUGGCCAACGAUUGAGACUGAAUGUGAUGCAUUAAACCAGAGGGUAACUGACUGUAUUCAACAAUGUUAUACAGUUUUAGUACCAACUUCCUCUCCUCACUCUGGCACCAACAGGAUAUGUGCCACCUUUGCCUUAGAAUUUCAGAAUUUCAAACAUUUGGGGACUUUUGGAAAGUUUUUUUGUAGAUUUUUUUUGAGAACUCUGGACUUUUGAUGAAUUCUAACCCAAAACAAAGACAAAAACAAUCAGACAAACUUUUCUAACCCUUUUCCUUUUCCCAGCACUGGCCUGAGAAGCCAAGUUUUCUCUCCUGGAGUUAUAUGAAGAGCCAAGCCUUCUCUCCUGGAGUUAUAUGAAGAGCCAAGCCUUCUCUCCUGGAGUUAUAUGAGAAGCCAAGCCUUCUCCCCUUAUAUGAGAAGCCAAGCCUUCUCUCCUGGAGUUAUAUGAGAAGCCAAGCCUUCUCUCCUGGAGUUAUAUGAGAAGCCAAGCCUUCUCUCCUGGAGUUAUAUGAGAAGCCAAGCCUUCUCCCCUGGAGUUAUAUGAGAAGCCAAGCCUUCUCUCCUGGAGUUAUAUGAGAAGCCAAGCCUUCUCUCCUGGAGUUAAAUGAGAAGCCAAGCCUUCUCUCCUGGAGUUAUAUGAGAAGCCAAGCUUUCUCUCCUGGAGUUAUAUGAGAAGCCAAGCCUUCUCUCCUGGAGUUAAAUGAGAAGCCAAGCCUUCUCUCCUGGAGUUAUAUGAGAAGCCAAGCCUUCUCCCCUGGAGUUAUGUUGGUUCUAUAUGGGACUUUUAAAGAAGCCUGAACUUCACAGUCUUGUCCUGUUAGCGUUGUUUGUAUUAUUUUCUUAUUUUUCAGUAGGAGACGGUCAUCUUUUGUUAAUGCCUUACACAAGCCACAGCUCAAGUUGAUUCAACAUGUUUUGAUCGACCCCCAUUUAGUCUUUUGAAUUUAAUAAGGCCUAACAGCUUUAAUAGCCUCUGUUUAUAGCCUGAUAUUUUCUUUAUUAGUAACGACCCUCUGCAAUAAAGAGAUGUUGUCAUUCACAGAAUACUUCACUGUAUUAACACUGCAACGUUCUAGGAGCGCUUCAUAAUGUUCGUUUGACUUUUUCCAUGUUUAAAGAAGUAACAAUUUCAACCUACAGACUCAUAGAGGGCUAAUAGAGGGAAAUAUGUCUAUAAAGGCUUUUUGUGUUAAUUGUGUGUUUGUUAGAGAGUUGUAUUAGUUUUUACGAAAAUCAUAUACACUGAGUUGGACAAAAUAUUAGGAACACCUUCCUAAUGUUGAGUUGCGUCCUACAAACUAAUAUGAGCCAACUAUGGAGACUCUCACAACUCUUUACGACCCCCACAAGUGUCACGGGACUCAUCUGAAGGUAACCUGGAAACGCUUUCAAAAAUGUAAUGGAAGUAUACUGAACAAAACAUGUAAAGUGUUGGUCCCAUGUUUCGAUGAGUUGAAAUAAAAGAUCCCAGAAAUGUUCCAUA